AUGGUUGACGUUGUGAAAGAGCGAGAGAUCUGGUCAUCGAAGAUUGAUUUCCUUCUUGCAUUAAUGGGCUUUUGCAUCGGCUUGGGUAACAUAUGGAGAUUUCCAUACCUUUGCUUCAAAAAUGGUGGAGGUAGGUAGGUUCUUUAUUUAGCAAUUACUGCAAUUAGAAUGCCAUAUUGUUCCCUGGGUAGAAGAAGCAUUUUAGGCGUGCGGUGGGUUGUGUCGGCUAAAGGCGGUAGCUACGAGCGGCACAGUCAUGGUAAAGACUUCAUAUAAAAUUGCAAUUCUAAGGCUAUGUUUCAUUAUUCAGCUUCCACCCCAGACCAUGUUCACGCUAUACCGGAUUGCUUUCACUUCUGGACUAGUCAAUCUUGUUUUCUUUCAUCAAACUUGUUUUUUGAGUGUGAGCAUCCAUUUAUACAUACAUAGAUGAUCAUAACUGAGCUAGCCUGUGUGCAAACGCCGCCUCCCCUACAAAAAAUCGAUUUUUUCUAAGGGGAGGGGGACGUCUGUAAACAGGCUAAACUGAGCCCUCUCUACCAAGCACAUGGCUCUUAGGCCUGGGUUAGAAUCUAUACCCUAGCAAUGCAGUGGCAGGUCCAGACCUUUAGAUAAAGGGGGGGGGGGGGGGGGGGGGGGGGGGGGGGGUGGUCUCAAAAAAUUUUGUUUUCGUCCCUUCGGGCCUCAGUUUGGUCUAAAGAUAAGGGGGGGCGCCCCCCCGGGCCUCGCCCCUGGAUCCGCCACUGCAAUGUGUCAUACACGAAAUGAGGUCUCAUUUUAAAACUCGAUUAAACUAAAAGAACUAAUUCUGAAAUGGUUUCAAAUUAUUAGGUAGUUUUCUCAUUCCUUACUUGAUCUGCCUUAUCGUAACUGCACUACCAGUGACGGUAUUGGAGGUUGGCUUGGGGCAGUUUACGAGUCAAGGAGCAAUCACUGCUUGGAACAUCUGUCCACUUUUGCAAGGUAACCGAAAUCCUAAUGCAGUGAAUACAGUAGUCACAUGACAUCACACUUGGGGCAAGGGUGACGCAGUGGUGAAAGCACAGUUAUCUCGCGGCGAAAAAUGAAGAAAAACUCAUCUGCUCCACUACUCUAACUCAAGACAAGAAGACAAGAAGAUUUUGGCCAUCUCAGCUUAAGAAGACACUAAAAGCAAACUGCUGUGAAUAAAAACAAUUGGAUAAAAAAUACUGUGCUAAAAUGUUUCUCAUAUUAAAAAAGUUAAAAACGACGACCUUUCAACGUUCAGCUAACGUUAUUAUCAAGUCAUAUUUAAUUGUAGGAAAAUUUGCAUAUAAUUAAAGCAUGCAAACUAUAAAAGGUGAAGUUUUUCACUGCCGACAUUUUAAUUCAGAGAAUGUUCCAAAUCCAUAAUCAGCAGAGUUUCCUUUAGCCUGCGAAAACAUCAGUGUCUCCUCGCUCUUCGCCCCUGGGGACGUUUCGCGCGGAGGAACGUCUGCGACUCAGUGACAGAAAUUCCAUACUGAUGAAGUAAAAUAUGUCCAGAAUCCGGUCAGAAGCCCUGAUUGGUCGACGGAGCAGUUACAUUGUUUUAGCUAUCGUUUACGAAUGACAGACAAAAGACAAAAGGCCACAAAGGUCAAAUGUAAAGGCGAUGAAUCUCUAACAAAACGGUCAAUAUUUGUGGAAUAUAGUCUUCUCUAGAACAAGCAUUUGAGUUUUGCUGGAGCUUGUUCGCAGAUGAACACAACACUUUACCAAAAUCGAUCAGAAGAAACCUAACAUUGACUAAAUUUACAUUUGGAACCCCAUGACUACCGGAUUUAUUAAGUAAACAUUGAUUUGCGUCAUCAGUAUGGAAUUUCUGUCGCUAAGUCGCAGACGUUCCUCCGCGCGAAACGUCCCCUGCUGCGAAGAGCGAGGAGAAACGGAUGUUUUCGCAGGCUAAGUCUCCUUUAUCUUGCAAUGCGUGUCCUACUGUCCUCUUGUCAAAAUUUCGAAAUGGUCCCUUCGAUGUUGUGACCUGUUGACGUGAUAUGAUCGGCAACAGCAGAUGAGUGAUAUUUUUUAAAUCAAUUUUUACAAGAUUUCCGAACUUUCAUAAAAACUACACUACAAAGCAGCGUAUGAGGCAAUCCCUACCAAAGGUUAAACUUAAUUAUGUGAGAAGGACCUUUCUGUUUACUGGCGCGAACAUUUUCAUUGAACUCCCGUUAAACAUAGCAAACGCUGAGAGCAUUUAGACUUUCUACCGCCGAGCAAGACAUUAUUUCUUAUGAUAACUUUAAAUGAAAUUUCCUUGAAAUUGUAUAAUAUUUUAGCCUCAUUGUAUUUCCAGGCUUUUAUAAAAUGUAAUUUGAAAUUUUUAAUGUAAAGUAAUUUUAAAGACACAGGGACUGAUACCGGUCUUUAAGUCUGAAUGGGCCACCUUGUUGAAAUAUAGUUUACGCAAUUAGCCACUUUGAGGCUGCGCGAGAGACCGGCUCGAGAUGGUUUCAAAGUGCAUUGUGGGACUGUUUUGGGGGACGCAUUUUCAACAUGGCGGCAAAUUCUUCCCUUAAAACAGUCCCACAAUGCACUUUGACAACCACUCGAGCCGGUCUCCCGCAACCUCAAAGUGGCUAAUCUGAUAAGUGCGUUUGCGCUGUCUUUGUUGUUUCACUAGGUAUCGGCUAUGCAAGUAUUCUUGUAGUGACCUGGCUCCUUAUGUACUACCUUGUGGUUCUUGCGUGGUCGUUGUUUUACCUGUUUGCCUCGUUUCAAUCGACACUUCCUUGGUCGCACUGCAAUAACGAAUGGAAUACGCCAAACUGCGUGGAUCACAACAGUGGACACAACCAAGACGGAGAGCAUAAUAACACAUUCCAGAAUGUUACCUCUCUCUUUAACUUAACGGUAGCAAAUGUAUCCAAGCGAGUGCCGGCAAUCCAGGAAUACUGGGAGUAGGUGUCUGUUUUUUUAAAAGCUAUUGGAAUUGAAUUUAGGAGAAGAUAAAAGGGGUGAUGCCAGCCUAAGAGCGAGCACAAUGCCAUGGCAAAGUAAAUAUCGAAGAAUUACUGUUACUAAACAUCUGCAUUUACAAUUUGCACAAAAUAUUUCUGUCUUUAUCAGUUACAGGGUGUUACGUCUUUCUAAUGGUCUGAACGAACCAGGACCAGUGAACUGGGACCUGGCCUUGUGCCUGUUUUUGGCGUGGAUUAUCUGUUACCUCUGUGUCAGUAGAGGGAUUAAGACAAGUGGCAAGGUUAGUAAACACUUGUUUUGUGUUAGGCCUAGUUCAUACGACGUGCUUCUGCCAAUUUUAUUUAAAGGAAAAGUGUGACGUCACAAAACUUCAAAUUUGCGAAAUUAUGGGAUUGGUCGCAUAUUCAGAGACAACAAGAUGGAUAAAGCUCCCUUGCCAAAAAUCAGCCUGUUAGUAAUUGUUGUGGAGAAGCAGUUUUUUUAGUGAUGACCUCUUAAAAGAGGUCAUCACUACUCUUCUCUGUUGGGUUUAACAGACGAAGGGGUGUAGCGUGAGAUUUUGAAGGUGUACGCAUUGGAAGAAAAGUUAGAGCACCAACAAGGGGGUCUGUACUCCCCCAAAAAAUGUUAAAAUUUGCGGUCUCGGAAACGCCAUUUCGGAACUAAAUACGAAGGAAAAUGCUGUGAGGGGGCAAGGAAGAGUACAUUUUUUCGUUUUGAAUAUUUUCCAGCUUACAAUCUCAUUAAAUCAACAUGUUAUUAAAGCUGUUACCUCCCCUCUCUUUCAUUGUAUUGAAACCAUUAAGAUUAAGACUCGGAAUUAAGAUCUUUUUACGAACCUGCUCACUUGGCUUAUUUUUCAGGUUGUCUACUUUACAGCCACUGCUCCAUAUAUUUUAAUAACGGUUCUUUUGAUCCGAGCCGUUACUUUGCCAGGAGCAGGAGAAGGAAUCAAGUUUUAUCUCAAGCCUGAUUGGUCAAGACUUAAAGAUGGCCAGGUGAUUUUAUUCUAAGUUCAUUACAACUUGCUUACAAGAGGUUUUAACAGUGUGAACUGUUAAAACUGUGUCCCCCCAAAACUAAGUCGCUUACGAGAGAUGGUCGUUUACAAGAGGUUUCAACUGACAUAGUAAUUUGCCUUGGAAAAUUUCGGUGUUUUUAAUUUUCUCUUACGGGUGGUGGUCGCAUAGUAAGGUUCGAUUUUAUAACAUUUGUGCCUGUAGAUAUUUUAAGAAAACAGAAGACAAAAUUUCCAUAUUAUUUCGUUUUAUCGACAAAGUUGAUAAAGUCUAUUCACUAAAGUAAAAGAUUUAAAGCCUGACGUUUUGAACGUUAGCUUUUUGCCAGCGUAAAUCUAAAGGUUGCCGGAGACAAAGGUUACAAUCAUCUCUUUCAGGGAAAUCUAUGGGAAUAAAAGAAAAUGCCAAGGUGUUUGUCUUAUAGAGAGUCAAGGACAGUGACUGCAGAACGUUUGGAACCAACUCUAGGUGUCUGCUUAAGGGAUGCGUCCGUUAUUAGAGGGUUGGCUGUAGAACCACCACUUCAUCAUCAUCUGUCUAACAUAUUCACGGCGAAAUAAAAAACGCACAUGUAUCAAAAAUAGACUUUGGUAUAUUAGACAGCACCAAAAUUAAUCAUUUAUGAUAUUUGGUCAUCUAUGCAUCCAAGAAAUUUGGGUUGUGACAAAAUCAUUCGCGCGGCCGUCCGUCUUUACGCACGUCCUCCUUUCAUGCUAGCGGAGUCCAAGGCAUAUACAAUGUGUGUUUAACUUGUUAUGGUCAGCAUGUCAUGGUCAAUUGACAGCUGUGAAAAAACGGUAUCUGUAUAUCUGCUUACCAGUGUCACAUGACUGUGUCGCAGACUCGGGUGUACAACACAUAGAGGUUACGUGUUUAUUUUAAGUUCUCUGCUAACCAGUUAUUAAUUUUCAAUUGAUCGCAGGCUCAGGUCCAUUUUUUGUUCUUGAUGAAUUAGUUUGCUUUUUGCUUAUGGUUAAAGUUGAAAAAUACAAAAACAUUUCUUAAAAGAUCUCAUGAGAGCUUCGCUUCUGGCCUUGGCUAAAUCUAUAUGUUAUCAACGCCUUUCUUUUCUCCCGGCAAUAUGUGCCCGGCACAGACCUAGCAAUUGUAGAUUUGUUAAGCUCUCCCAUUACUCAGAUAAAAGUCAUUUUUGCUUUAAAGGUCUGGUUGGACGCUGGUACACAAGUUUUUUAUUCAUAUGCCAUUGGAUUGGGCGGCUUGAUUGCACUCGGAAGCUAUAACAAGUACCACAACAAUUUUUACAGGUACAAACAAACAAGCAAACAAACAAAUGUGACUCAAACAAUUCACCUUUACCAGGUGCUGAAAUAUGCCCGAUUGGGUUACAUUUUAGUAGUCCACGUUUCGCAUGCCAUAUCCCCCUGCUUUCCCCCGAGCUUAUGCUUGUUUCAUGUUUGACUUGCCACGUAUACGGCAAGAUAUCAUUAACUGACGUGAUGCAACUCACUUUGACUCUGAAGAUGACUACCGCAGAGGUUGUCCAAACGUCAGUCACUGUCAACAUUUAACAGUCCUAUUCAAUACUACGUUUACCCGGACGAUCAUACUCAACCUUCUUAUAAUCUGUCCAAUGUAAGGAGGAAAUAGCUAAAAUUAGGUUCCAAUUGUUGGCGGUCUUGGGAAACUCUUUUUAGACUUUGAAAAAAGGUUGUAAACACUAUUUCAUUAUUUCGGUGACGACAAGCGGUGGGGCUAUGGAAACAUUGACAUGAAAGCCCAACAAUUCUCAACGUCGAAACAAACAGACAAAUUAAAACAAUAAAAACGGAAGGAGUGUUCAUAAGGUGUUGAGGUAAGCGAUCAGCUGAGAAUUUGUGUAUUUUUCCUGAAUGAUUGUUUUCUUGCCUUUCAGGGACUGCAUAUGGAACGCAUUCUGCAACAGUGGAACAAGUUUUUAUGGCGGAUUUCUGAUUUUCUCUGUGUUGGGUUUUAUGGCGAAACAUCAAGGUGUUGAGGUCAAGGAUGUAGUUCAGGCAGGUUCGUUUGCUCACGAGCAGUUUGAGCUGCCAUGGUUGAAUUUAUAAACGGAAAGGUAUAUAAUAUCCCCGAAAAGGAGCGAGGUCGGUUUCCACCUGCGCUGUACGUUUGUUAGCGCUCAGUGCCCAGGCCGAAAAGUCGUCGUAUUAUUCUAGGCGCACAUUCGUUUGAUGGACAGAGGUCACUAAACAUGCAUAUGAUCGACUUAACGUCAGCAUUUUCCAGUUUCAUUCAUCCCAAUUUUCAAAACAAAAAAUGAACAUAAAAUCUGCAGAAGCCAUGGAAUGAAGGGCUUUCAACCUAAAAUGUACAAGAACGCUCUUUAAAGCGUUAGCUCGAGCUUGCUUGGAGAUUUGAUAAGAAAUGAGGAGGAGUUUAAUCCUACAAGAAACAGGAUUUCCUGGCGUCCUAUUUUAUCGACGGUCAAUGUUGGUCUUCAGGAUAUUUACUUUUUAUAUCGUAUUCGACAAUUUGUUCCUGACUUGAUUGAGUACACGUGUAUCAAAACACGAAAACCAAGGGCCUCGAUUCUAGAGAAAUUACGUCAUUGCCAAAGAGCAAAUGAGUGAUGAAUAUGCGCCUCAUAUCAAUCAUCGCCUAAAAUACAUCGCAUACUCAUCACAAGACUUAAAAUGAAAGUUUACUCCACCCGACCAGUUUGCCUGUCUAUCGAAGUUUUGCUUAUAAAGAUUCUUUCUUUUUUUUUUCAACGCCUGAAGUAUUCACUUGUUCCAAAGUAAGCAACGCUUUCAAAUCGGACAGAAAUCAUGGACCGACCCGUUCCGGAAAAGCUCGGCAUCUUUCGAAUUAAUCUUUCCAAAACUUUCUUAACAAGACAUGCAUGACGCUAACGAAAAUUUUAUAUGUUCUCAGUCACGACGCGAUUCUUAUCCCCAGUUUCCAGUCUCCGCUAGGAACGCCUAGGACAAUGAAUACCCUUUUAGCGCACACAAACGAAAAAAAAAACAAAAAAAGCUUGUCUUUUUAGAGUGCUCGCUGCUAAAGCAAGCUCUACUAACAAGAAGCCUAUGAAAAGCCGGUCAGUCAAGGCUUGUUUGUAUAACGAAAUGUGAAGUUUUUUAACUGAUGAAACGCCAAAAGCAAAUUGUUGGAAGAGACAACUGCUCACCUAGUAUAAAAUAAGUAACAAACAAUUCUUACCAAUUUGGAGUUGCGUAAAGUUUUCCAGUUUUUGUGAUUGCACGUCCCAGGUAGCACUUUUCUCUCCUCGAACAAUUUUAUAUUUCUCUUUACAGGACCUGGUCUUGUUUUCUUAGCUUAUCCUGAAGCAGUUGCUCAGAUGCCUGUGGCUCCUCUGUGGUCCGUGUUGUUUUUCUUCAUGUUGCUUUUGCUUGGUCUGGACAGUGCGGUAAGGUGAAAAAAAAAACAAAGCCAUUCAGACUUAAAUACAACUUAUUGUCAUAACUAAGUUAUUUACGUCUUUUUGUUCUGGUUCCCGGGUGUUGUUUCCACCACUAGAAGUAAAACAAAGAAUAGGAUCACUGUGUCCCUGUACUUGGAGAAAUUAGUUAAUCUUUAUUAUUAUUCAUUCAAAAUAUUUCCCCGGUUCUGAUUGGCUAAAAACACACGUUUAAUUCACCAUAACCUGUUACUGAUGACCAAAUUCGGAACAAUUUUGACUUUAACGAGGAAAUGACGUCAAAAAUGCAGCGUUUUCGCAGGUUAAGGCACCGUUAACCGAGAAGACUUGGGGACGAGGUUGAGUUGUUUUGGUUGUGAACUUGAAAAAAUGGCGGACAUUUCACUCGUUUCAAGAGUAAGAACUAGGCGAAAAAAAUAGCUAAAAACACGGCAAGAACAGCAAGAAGACAACUCGAAGGACGACAUCUGCUAUUUGGAGAAUAUUUGCGGAGCUGGACAAACCUAAACGUACACUAUCGAAGAUGAACUGAACAUCGAUGGAUCGACGGAGGUAAGCAUGUUUUAGCUAUGUUUUUAAACUAGGAAUUAUUUUGAAUGAAUAAUAAAACAGUUAUUGAAUUCGGCUUUCGUAUCAUAUGAAGAAUUAUGGAGACCUCGGAAGGUGUUAUCCGCCUCGGCCUAUGGCCUCGACGGAUAACACGCUCCUCGAUCUCCAUAAUUCUUUAUAAGAUACUCAGCCUCAUUCAUUAACUGUUAAAUAACGCAUCCAAAAGUAUAAAAAUGCGGAGAAACGUUCUAUCAUUCGUGUCGGCAGACCAAAUCUUAUUAUGUUAAAAUUGAUAUGAAUUUACUUCAAUGUCAAUGUCAGUAUUUAUUUUUUGUAAUUCUAAAGUUUGAAGUAGUUUGUUAAGUGUUGACGUUGCCUACAAAAGCCUGGGUUAAAGGCCCUUAAAGAUUAAGUUUGAAUACAUAAAAAGUCUCUAUUUUGCUUGUGUACAGUUUGUGGGCAUUGAAAGCGUUAUAACUUCUAUCGUCGAUUUAUUCCCGCAACAUCUGAGACGAGGAUACCGCAAAGAAUUGUUUACAGCUCUGAUGUGUAGUCUGUGGUUCCUUUGUGGAUUGUCCAUGGUUACUAAGGUAAAGCUUUAUUGAGGGAGCUUGGGGAGAGGCCUGGGAGGUCUGCUUCUCCUUAUUUGAAGGCCAAAAUGAAGCCCAAAGGGUUGUGAAAAUGUUUUUCGAGGAAAGAUCUGAUUCUAGCGCUGAGCUUCUGUAAAUAGCUCAGUUUGCGUGCUUUUUAUAAACUAAAUCCAAACCCGAAUGUUAUAACAUAAGUUAUUUCGAAAGUGAAGAAUGAUCAUCGCAGUAAAUUUUCCAAUGCAAUUGGAAAGUAGAAGCCUGAAAAAAUUAGGGGCUUCAACGGGAUUCGAACCCGUGACUUCCGCGUUACGGUGCAUCAUCUACCAACUGAGCUAUGAAGCCACACAUUUGGAGCAAGGUCAAUUUAUUAGUUCAUAUCUCCCGUGAGGAGUGAAAUGAUGUGAAGUAUAUAUGAAAUAAUUCAUUUUUGAACUGCGGUUGUAGAUGAAAGUGAAGAAUGAUCAUUGCAGUAAAUUUUCCAAUUUACUGCGAUGAUCAUUCUUCACGUUCAUCUACAACCGCAGUUCAAAAAUGAAUUAUUUCAUAUAUACUUCACAUCAUAAGUUAAAUCCUAACUAAAAGGGCCUGUUUAAAUUAGUAAACUCUGCUUUAAUCAGUUGUUUCAAAAUAGUAUCACCAAAUACGAAGAAUUCAAGUGUUGAUAGGCACGUACAUUCUUUGUAGCAAUUUAGGUUUUCCAGCUGCAUGGCACACUACAAAGAAAAUCUGGGAUGCAAGACUAAAAUAUUCAGGAAUAAUUAACCGUGUUACCCGCUUUCAACAUUCAGUUAUCGUUUUUAAAUCGUUUAGAAAACGAGAAGCGUCAACUUUUGAUGAGGAAAAAGUGUAAAAUGUAAAUGUAAGAUUUGCGUUUACGCGCCAGUUGUCGGUACAUUGUGUAAGUCCUUGCCUUUGACUGUAAACUAUAAGAAUCGAUGGCACAACAUUAAUAAAACUGAAACACUUUUUUUAGGGUGGUAUGUACGUGUUUCAGUUGUUUGACGCAUAUUGUGGUGCUGGAACAGUCCUGUUGUUAGUUGUCUUGGGUGAAUGUUUGGUGAUCGGAUGGCUUUAUGGUGAGAGAUCUGCUACUUCUACCUAGAGAAAUUAGCUUCCUAAAGCGCAAUUCCCAGUGCCCAAAGCACCCUUCAUUGAAUCAGCUAUGUACAUUUUCCCACUAUGUGUUGUUUCUCUGACAUGCUAGUUAAUUCCCAUUUUGUAAUAUUACUCUGCAAAUAUGGUAGUUCACACGUGCUAUUGCAAAUUGACUACUGCUGAAUCAGUGUCGCAUUGAUCCAAAAUUACUGCAUAUUGAAAGGCUACCUUGUUUUCUGCAUCUCACUUUUGGAUUUCUAAUGUAGAGAGGCAUCAAUCCAAUACUGAACCGAUGCUAACCCAGCUCAAUUUUGCCUUUACCCUGGGUUGAGUAGUGUGACAAUAUUUCGAGGAACCUGGCUGCACGAAGUGAAGGCUAAAAAAGACGUCAGGAAAUAGUGUAUAUACGUUUUUCUGCACUCCUUAGCCCACCAACUCUCCAUGGCAACCCUAAUGCAAAUCUUGAUCAAAAUGUAUUAGUCGAACAUCGUCAGUGGUUAUAUAAAAGUUGUCUUGUCUUAACUUGAGUGCAGGCAGUGAAAGAUUUGUUUGAAAAUCUUUUGAGGAAUGUUUUCAGAAUCUGCGAACAAAAAACAACAAGCAAACACUGAAGUAAAUGACAGGUUACUAUUUCUUCUCUUAGAGAUGCAACUAUAUCGAUAAAAAAAUAAUAAUCUCGUAAUUAUCAGGUAUUGGUUUUGUGUGCGAUUCCUUUUGUUUAUUUUGGACAGGUCGUGACCGUUUCUAUAGCAACAUAGAGGCUAUGUUGGGAUUUCCUAUCAAUCCCUGGUGUGGCUGGUGCUGGAAAUAUCUGUCACCAAUAUUUUGUUUGGUUAGUACAUGAUGGCUUUCUGAAAAAGCUGUAUUCAAGGCUCAGACUACAAAAUAAUACAAACAAGUCGGUAGCCUCAUUGGAAAUAAACACGUGAUCGGUUAUAUUUCUGCUACGUAGCUCUUUCACUCUACUGGCAAGACUAUGGCAAGGCAAAGACGCAUUUUAUCUGUCGCCACGUCAAAAAACAAUCCAAUUGACCUACCUCUUUUAAAUAGGUUUGUGAUCCAUCACGUAAUGUCGAUUAGAAUCAUUCACUCGACAGCCUUCAACAAGAAUGAAAAGCUCAACCCACGACCCCUUCACGAAAAGUAAAAAUGGGGCGUUCCUCUUAAAAUGUGUCUUCUAAAGCACCAAUUAGUCUCUGGAAUAGUUGUCUCUAAAGGGACGGACCAUUGGAAAAGUUAUGGGGAAGGUGGAGGAAUUUUUGAGCGCCAUAAAUUUCUUUCGUUAACCUCUCCCUUGUAUGAUUCUUUUUAGGCCAGGGCAUGAAAUGUUUUUAUGGUUACUUGGCCUGCAUGAUUCUUUUCGGUUAAUUUUCCCUUGUGAGAAUUCUUUUUUCGUACUUCGCCCGCCCGACUCUCCCCCAUAAGUUUUCUAAUGGUCCGUCCCUAGCAAAAGAUGUAGUGUUUUGGGGAAAAUUACUUAUCCCCCGACUUAUUUUGCUUUUCUUUUCUAGGCUGUAUUUGUUUUCUACCUUUCUACUUAUCAGCCACUUAAGUAUCGAGAAUACGUUUAUCCUGCCUGGGGACAGGCGAUUGGCUGGCUGAUGACCGUGUCGUCACUAUCCUUAAUUCCAACGGUGAUGAUAUACAAGUUGAUGAACGCCACCGGAUCAAUCAAAGAGGUAAUUAUCUGUUGUUGUUGUUGUAGCAAUAAGAACUCAAUUGGCUCAGUAUGCAUAAUUUAUCGGAGCUAAAAUAGACAGAUCAGACGGCUUCAUGAAUUAAAAGCUUUUAAGCAAUGGCACUGGACUACUCUUAGUUCGUUAUUAAGGGUCACUAGCCUCCAGCUUCUCCCUGUAGUUAUACUGCUCAACUUUUAUUAUUAUUAUUAUUAUUAUUAUUAUUAUUAUUAUUAUUACAUCCAAUAUAGAAUUUUAUAUGUUUUGAUGGCUAAUGAAAAGAAAAAAAGAAAUUGCUACAUAAAAUUAUGCAUUAUAAGAAAAAAAGAUGUCUAGAAGCUAAAUGAACAUACGUUUUCGUGCCAGCGCCUACAAUCGGCGACAAAAUGAGUUGAGACACUUCGCCCAAAACUGGGCUUUUUUACGUUUUAUUAACUUCAAAAGGAGGAAAUAUAGCUUUCCUCCCCCAUCCCCUCCGUGCCAUGUUGUGCCCUUGUUCUAGCUGCCUAUAGGAAACAACAAACACCCCAACUUUGAAUGGAGGGGACAGGGGAGGGGUGCGGAUUCCUUUGUUCUACGAAACUACCCUAUUUAAGUACAAUAUCUCAACAAUUUUGUCGCCGAUUGUAGCUAUAAAAUGAUAUUUUUUACACAGUGAUGACAGUUUAAAUAGUAGCAAAUGAACACAACAAAACAAUGGCUGCGAAAUAACACACAAAUAUCGAAGAAAAUCGGUCUAUAACAAGAGCUCCGUUCGAGAGCUCCUUCGUUCGUGCCGACCGCGUGGGCAUCAAACAAUGAUAUAGGAUGUAAAAAUAUAGGAAAUGAUCGACAAGUGUAAAACCAGGUCUUGAUUGUUCAACAAAUUCACCUCAUUAGUGCCAGAGGGAGAUUAUUGAGUGAUGUGUGGAGAAUAUCCAUGUUGAUAUCAGGGUUUAAAGGGUCAAAGAUCUCUUCUUACCUGCCCUCUAUGGCCAGGGACGUAUUCUUGAGAAAUUUGUUACUUAUCCUCACAUUUUCCACAUAACCUGUUUCUUUUUUGUACUUAAGUUUGACAGGGGUUAGUAAAACGAGGAUAUACUUACGUCAAGUCAGUAUUCUUUGAGUAGCAAAGAAUUUUUCUUUGGCCUCUAUUUGAGGCACUCUCCAUUGAGGAAAGUGUCCACCGCCUUGAACUUUCCUCGUUACUAGCCAGUCAAUCAUAACUUGAGGCAGUGUGAUAGAGGAUUUUAAAACUAGACGUACGUUAAGUCAAGAAGUUCCAUUAAUAAGGAAUCCAGAGUAACAGCACCUGGAAUCCAGAAUCCAAGACUGUCUUGGAUUAACCGUAAUUGAGCGCAAGUACACCUAUUCGACUAACUCAAUGUUUUACCUAAAUUCAAACCCUUUGGGAAUAAAACGUUUUGUUCCAGGAAUUUCCAUACAAUUUAAAUAUGAAUGCCACAUUAUAAAGCAAAUACAAUACACAAAGAAUCUUAACCCCGGGAGAUUUGAAUUGGGUAAAACAUUGAGUUAGGGCCUGUUUACAUGGAGGUGGGGACCCCAGGUAGGUGAGGUAACCCGCUUAGGUGGGGUAACCCGUUUGUCCAUAUAAUCUCUCAUUUCAAUAUGAUCACGUUGACAUGAUAGGUGGGGUGACUCGCCAUAUUUUACCUCACCUACCUGAGGUCCCCCACCUCCAUGUAAACAGUUCCUUAGCCGAAUACCGUAAAAUUCCGAAAAUAAGCCCCUCCAAAUAUAAGCCCCCGGGGGGCUUGUACUUGGAAAACAGAGCAAAAACGGUAAAAUUCCUUCCAUUUAUAAGUCAGGCUAGCCCAAUCAAUUUUGAAGCGCAAAUUUCCCUCCGUAGAUAAGCCCCUCCGAAUAUAAGUCCCGCCAAAAAUAAGCCCCUCAAAAAGGGCCGUUGAAACAUAUGAGCCCCGGGGCUUAUUUCUGGAAUUUUACGGUAGGUCUGUUGAGAAGAGGCCUUAGGUUGUUUCCGCGCGCGAGUACACAAAGUCGUCAGUUUUAAGGUGUUCCUUAGUUUUUGCUGACUUGACUCUUUAAGUAUACUCAUAGAGCUGUCUCUUUCAAUGUGAGAUUCUAUCAAAUGCUCAUUACUACCCAAAGGUUUUGUGAUUUAGUUAAAAUAUCCCUCCAUAAAUUAACCUACUAUUUUAUUUCAGUGAUAUCACAGUAUCCUUCAUUGACAACCUUGUAUGUUUUUAUCGCUUUUGCUGGCUUUUUCAUCUCAAACCGUUAUAGAAAGUAAUUUCAUUUCCUUAUUGAGAGCAAUAAACCAGCUCAUAUUAUCAUUAUUUAGUUGUUGAUGAUUUUUUUUAUUACAGCGGAUACGAGAAUUGACGAUACCCGUUUUGUUUCAUCGCCAAGAAGACAACGAGACUGCACAACUUAUUCCCAAAGAAAGCAGCAAGGCCUAA